AUCUACGUGGUUCGUGACUCAGGCGAACGGCAAAAUUGCCGUGGUUCUGUGACAACUCGCUUCAUAAUGCUAUACAGUCCUCGAAGAGCCGGAUUUGUGUGAAAUCUUCUCCGAGUAUACACUACGAAACCGAACAAACAAGCACGGCAUCCAGUUGUGUUAAUGGCGAUCUCAAUAGAUUUGCCGAAUACGUAACGGGCACCCUACCCGCCAGAACCUCACAGAUGAAGCAAACCACUUUCGAAUAUGACAAAAGAUGACGGUGUUGGUUCUCUUCAAAAGCCAAAGCUCUCAACGGUCGUCGGACAAGGAGCAACAAGAGCCCACUCCGUAUGGCCAGCGCGGUACACUCUUCUCCAAUUUCAGUGAUGGGCAUGGAUAACGCCCCUGAAAAAAUGUCCUUGAUGCGUCCUAGCGGACCCUCCACCACUGCAACGCUGCUCAACGUGCCCAUCAGUCCGGUGAAGACUCUAUCCUUUGAGACCCUUCCUGAUGCCCACAAGUCUGCCUCGACAAUAGUCUCUCCUACAGAUUCGUUUUUUGCUGCGUCGACCAUAGUCUCUCCCACAGACUCGUUCUAUGUGGAGUUUCAACGCGGAGACCCGAAAAAUCCAAUCAACUACUCAUGGCUGCGAAAAUGGUGCAUUACCCUAGUCGUUUGUGCAUUCAAUGGGAUCACUUCCCCUGCGACCCCGUCAUUUGCCAUGGGUUACGGUUCUAUGAUGCAGGAUCUAAACUGCACGCGUUUUGAAGCAACUGUUGCAUACUGUCUAUAUUCUCUAGGCUUUGGUAUUAUCCCUCUGUUCACGUCCUCACUGAGCGAGGAAGUCGGAAGGAGGCCGAUUUACUUGGUGUCGGCGUUUCUCGGGGCUAUGUGCAACGUGCUUGCUGCUCUCUCCAAUAAUAUUCAAACCAUUAUGGUCGCACGUGUCUUGGGCGGUGCUUUUGCCUCGACUGGUGCAAUACUAGUUGGUGGAACGAUUGCCGAUAUAUGGGAGCCUCAUGAGCGCGGCCUGCCUAUGGCUGUUUUCUCCAUGGUGAGCAUGGUUACAACUGGUCUGGGGUCUAUUAUCUCUGCUUGGCUGGAACUCGACCCUCACCUCCAAUGGAGAUGGAUACAGAGGAUUCAAGCGAUCGUUCAGGGAACCUACUUCCUUCUCAGCCUACUUAUAAUGGAGGAGACUCGAUCACAAAUUAUCCUCCGACACAUCACCAAGAAGCUCUGUAAGGAAACUGGGGACGAUCGGUACCGGGUCCGGGGAGAGGAGACACGGCCGAAAUUGAGCACCAUGAUUAAAACAUCGUGUACUCGGCCAAUCAUGUUUGUCCUCACUGAACCUAUCGUGACUAGUAUAUGUAUUUGGGUCUUUUUCAUGUCCGGUGUGCUCUACGUCCAGAUCGGAUCCGUGUCUGGGGUUUUUAAGCACACAUAUCACUUCAACGUUGGGCAGAGUGGAUUGGUGUUCAUUACCGUCAUUGUGGGGAGUAUACUGGGACUCUGUGCCAAUGUCUAUCAGGAUGCGCUUUACCGGAAAUAUGUGUCUCAGAGAGGCCCCGAAGCAAGGCUGUACAUCGCUUGUUUAGUUGCACUCUUGCUGCCUACCUCGAUAUUCAUCUAUGCGUGGACAGCAGACCCCCGCGUCUCCUGGAUGUGGCCUGUUGUCGGUUUAUCGAUCUUCAUGUUUUGCUCAUUUGUUUCAUAUCAGGUGGUUUUCGUUUAUUUGGCAGAUUGUUAUGGUCCAAUGGCGUCUUCUGCUUUGGCGGGUCAGGGCUUAGCUCGUAACCUGGGUAGCUUUGGAUUCCCUCUCUUCUCUGAUACGAUGUUCAACAAGCUCACAUACAAAUGGGCCAACACUAUCUUCGGUGGCGUCGCUGUCAUCCUGAUUCCAGUCCCUUUCGUUCUUUUCUUGUACGGACCCUCGCUUCGAAAAUACAGCACAGUGUGCAGCCAACUAAUGCAGGUUGAAGAAAAACCAACAAUCGAGAGCCGGGAUGAUGGGGUCUAACCGCCUCCCCGGAGCAUUUCGAACAGCUUGAAUUUCCU